AUGUUUGCCCGCCUGGGUCUGUUUCCCUUGCUAUUCUUUUUGGUCUCAUUCAGCCAAAGUUCGAGCGCAAAGCUGCGCUCGUAUAAUUUCACCGUUCACAGCGGCGUCAGAGCACCUGAUGGAGUCCCCCGCGAGGUGUAUCUCAUCAACAACCAGCAACCCGGUCCUCUUAUCGAAGCUGAAGAAGGGGACGACCUUGAAGUCUUCGUUAAGAACGACUUGACAGUAGAAACCACCAUCCAUUGGCAUGGUAUCCUCCAACGAGGGACGCCUCAAAUGGACGGUGUGCCAGGCGUUACACAGUUCCCCAUUUCGCCGGGAGGCAAUUUCACCUACCGAUUCUCGCUCAAGGAUGAAUAUGGCUUUUACUGGUACCAUUCACAUUUCCGAGCUUACUACGACGACGCCAUACGCGGACCCUUAAUGAUCCACCCGUCUCCUAUGCGACGUCGACCGUUCGAGGCCCUUGCUACCAACGACAGCGAACUCAGUGCGCUCCUACAGGCUGAGCGUAAUGCGACAUCUAUCCUUCUCACCGACUGGUAUCAUCGUCUUUCAGAUGAUGUGUUCGCACAGUACAUUGAGACCGGUGCCUUUCCAAAUUGUGUCGAUAGUCUUCUGGCCAACGGCAUGGGAAGAGUGCAAUGCCUACCAGAUUACAUUCUUCAGGCCGGGACAGGCCUAGGGAGUCAGCCUCCGGUCGCCAGUGAUACAUCCAGGUUUAGCGAUAUGCCUAUGGCUUCGGUAUCGAUGGAUUCCAUGUCCAUGGUGAUGCCAACCAUGCGUAAGAGAGCGAUGACAGAGAGUUCGGAUAUGGACAUGACGGCAUCGAACGGACCGACGAUGUCCAAUCCUAUUGCCAUGACCUCAGGAACGACCCCACAACCUCCAGCCGGACCGACCUCUAUGGCAAGCACAAUGUCCAUGUCGGGCAUGUCGGACAUGUCUUUGGGUCCUCGGGGCUGCAGCCCACCGAUGAUGUUCAACCCAGGCUUCAAUAUCAGCUCCUUACCGCCUGAGACUUGCACGAACACGUCGUCACCUCUGCUGACAGUUCCUGCGAAUUAUACCCAAGGUUGGCUUGCUCUGAAUCUUGUCAAUGCUGCUUCUGUGAGCGGGUUGAGUGUCUCUAUGGAUGCACACUCCAUGUUCGUAUACGCUGCUGACGGACUCUUCGUAAAGUUGCAAGAGGUCAAAGUAUUACAGAUAUCAAUCGGUCAACGAUAUUCGGUGAUGGUGAAACUCGAUCAACCGCCAGGGGACUAUCUGCUUCGCUUUGCGUCUUACCCUUGGGGUGAUAUGCAGCAAGUCAUCGAAGGCGUGGCCAUCGUAUCAUACAAAGUGGACCCAACCGACGGCAUAGAUUCGGUCGACCUUCGCCAGGAUCCGGCCUCGGUGUGGAUGCUCACGAAUGGAUCUGCGAAGUCAAGCAGUUUUACAUUAGACGCACAGCUGCUGGCACCGCUUGACGGAAACAUACCACCAUCCGACGCCGCUGAUGUAACCCGAUUCUUCGCAAUAAACCAAACAGAUGUGAUAACAUGGGUAGUGGAUGGUUAUGCCUACUCAGAGCCGGAGAAGCCCAUAAUCUACGGAAAUGUGUCUGAUGGCUGGGACGCAAAUACAACGCUCCAUAUGCCAUUCAACGCAACCAUUGAUAUUAUUAUGAGGAUAGCGAACGAUUCGAUGGACAUUAUGGGACACCCUAUGCAUCUUCACGGGCACAAAUUCUGGGUUCUCGGUUCUGGCAUUGGUUCGUUCCCCUAUAACACAGUGCUAGAUGCGCCGCAGUCGGUUAUAAACCUGCGUGAUCCUCCAUAUCGAGAUACUGUAGAUCUCCCCCCUUCAGGAUGGGCGGCGAUCCGGUAA